UUCUCCUACUAUGGCAUGCGAGCUGUACUCGUGCUGUACUUCAAGUACUUCUUGCUCUGGGACGAUGACUUGGCCACCUCCAUCUACCACGUCUUUGUGGCCUUCUGCUACCUGACCCCCAUCCUCGGGGCCAUUGUGGCUGACUCCUGGCUGGGAAAGUUUAAGACUAUCAUCUACUUGUCCAUUGUGUAUGCGAUCGGCCAGGUUACAAUGGCUAUCAGUGCAAUCCAUGACAUCACUGACUACAACAAAGACGGGACACCAGACAACAUGACCUUUCAUGUCGUGCUGUCCAUGGUGGGUCUCUUCCUCAUCGCUCUGGGCACUGGUGGCAUUAAACCUUGUGUUGCUGCCUUUGGUGGAGACCAAUUCGGUAACCAUCAGGAAAAGCAAAGGAGAACUUUCUUCUCUGUAUUUUACCUGUGCAUCAAUGGUGGGAGUCUCCUGUCAACCAUUAUCACUCCGAUCCUGAGAGCUCAGGACUGUGGCAUCUACAGUAAGCAGAAGUGUUAUUCUCUGGCCUUCGGUGUCCCUGCAGCACUAAUGUUGGUUGCACUUGUGGUGUUUAUCAUUGGAAGUGGUAUGUACUACAAAGCUGAACCACAGGGAAACAUCAUGGGGUCCGUGUGUAAAUGUAUCGGGUUUGCCAUUAAAAAUCGCUACAAACACAGAAGCAAACAAUACCCAAAGAGGCAGCAUUGGAUGGACUGGUCAGAGGAAAAAUAUGAAAAACUCCUCAUUGCUCAAAUCAAAAUGGUGCUGAAGGUCCUGUUUUUAUACAUCCCACUCCCGAUGUUCUGGACCCUGUUUGACCAAAAGGGUUCAAGAUGGACUCUGCAAGCCACCAACAUGGAUGGAAACUUUGGUCUUCUUGUCAUACAGCCUGACCAGAUGCAGACUGUCAACCCCAUCCUGAUCCUGACUCUGGUGCCGAUCAUGGACAGCCUUAUCUACCCUCUGAUCAAAAAAUGUGGUCUAAACUUUACACCUCUGAAAAGAAUGACAGUAGGGAUGGUAAUGGCAGCCAUAGCAUUUGUCUGCGCUGCUGUGGUUCAGCUUCAAAUCGAUAUAACAUACCCUACCUUCCCGUCAGCGUCCGAGAGUCAGUUGAAAUUAAUUAACAUGGGCAGUACUCCAGUCACUUACUUGUUGCCUGGCAACGGACCUCUGGUACUUCCUGCAGCUCAGGCCAGCCAGAACUUCUUUACAUUUAAAGAAGAUAUUAUCAGUGUUAAAAUUGUCGGCCCUGAAGUGACAAAAAGUAUACCCUUGGUCAAAGGAAAGCGACAAAAGCUUCUCAUUCCUGCAAAUAUCAAUGACAAUUGGCUGUUGAUUGACGCUUUGAAUUCCAAGCCACAACAAGGCAACAAUGCAAUCCGAUUUAUCAAUGGAAUGAAUACAACAUUGAAUGUUUCAACGGCUGGAGCUGACUUUGGACUUAUUGAGCCAUUUUAUUUUUCCAACUACUCCCAGAUAAAAUAUGGAAAAGCCAUCUUCACCUUACAGAGUGGUUCACAGUCAUGUGAAUACAGCAGGGACUUUGGAUUUGGAAGUUCAUACACAUUCUUUAUCCCCAGCACUUUAGUCAUUGGACAAAAUUGUCAGGGGGCGAUUACUGAAUCAGAAGACAUCGAGCCCAACUCAGCUCACAUGGCUCUCCAAAUCCCACAGUACUUCUUCAUAACUGUUGGUGAAGUGAUGUUUUCGGUUACUGGUCUGGAGUUCUCCUACUCACAGGCACCUAGUAACAUGAAAGCAGUGCUGCAAGCAGGCUGGUUGUUGACUGUUGCUGUCGGCAACUUCAUUGUACUGAUUGUAGCUGAGCUUGCAAAGCUUCCUAAACAGUGGGCAGAGUACGUCCUGUUUGCCUCUCUCUUGAUUGCAGUGUGUUUCAUCUUUUCCAUCAUGGCGCAUUUCUACACCUACAUUGACCCUACAGAAAUUGAGGCCCAGUUCAUGAAGAAGGUUGAUGAAGAUGAUGACGAUGAUAAAAGUCUAAAAAAGGCAGAGAUAGAGAUGGUCAGGAAAGACUCAAAUAAAAGUGACAAAGAUGAAGAUGAUCCAGGCAAACGCACCAAAAUGUGA